GCAUUGAUGAUCAAGUUGAACUUUGCCAUGGCCUGGUCAUGGUCCCCAUGGUGCCAGAGAGACGCUCUCUGGCCGAAUGUCUGUCACAGAUCUUUGGUGGUGAGCGCUACGUCGUUUCUUUGGACCACAUUGUCUUGUGCGAGGCCUCUGCAGACUCAGUGGCGGAGGCCCUGCGGCCGUAUUUGCAACGCUUGCAGCAGGCCGAUGUGGCAGAGAUUCCAGAGCUGUGGGAAUUGGUGGAGAGAGCGACUCUCCUGCUCUCCAACCUAAAGGGAGAGACUAUCCAAAUUGGCUGGGCUGAGACCAUUUUGGCGGCUGCCAGAGCUGCUGUGUCGGCAGAGAAAUGCGUCACCUUAGUUGAGCAGCAUUUAUUGAGCUUGGAAGGCUUCCGUGCGGAUCCCAGCAGAUUUGCAAAUCCAUCUCUACCUGUGGUUUCAAACCUCUUUGCGCACGAUGCUCCAUGGAGCAGGAAGCUUGAAGCUUUUUGUUCGGCUUCUCAGCAAAGGUUCGCAGAUGAUUGUCAGAAAGCUUUGGAGGCCUUGACUCUUGGUGCUCCUUGUGAGGCUUGGGCAAAUCGCUUAGCCUACAGUACUGAAGUGGAGGCUGUGAUUGACAGCUGUUGCUCAAGCAGCUCCGAGUCCAAAAGCUACAGUUUUGCAGCUUCAUGCGCCCAAAGCUGGCUGCAGCUCAGUCUCCCAGUGCUUCCAUGGAUUCUAGCGAACCUUCUUUGGCCGAAUUGUGUGAGCUGUGCUGGCGGCUGUGCGGGUCUUGCAAGCUCUUUAAGCCAAGAGGAAACUUCUUUUCAACGAGUCCGGAAAGCAUUGGAGCACUGCAAUGAUGCACAGGCUCUCCUUCAACUGAAAGAUGCGUUCACACAAGCCUGUUCACUACUGCUACGGGCUGCAUGGUCAGAAGGAACUGGAUAUUCAAAUGCAGUGGCAUGGUUCAGUGCAGUUCUUUUGGUGGUGCAUGAGUCUUGCCGAAUCCUUUUCCCAGAAGUUCCAGUUGGUUCAGUGGCCGCAGCCAUCACUGCAGCAGAUUCCCUGCUGACUUGCAAUACAUCCCAUCCGCCUUGGGAAGAAGUUCUUGGCAAGAAGUCUAACGCUUUGGAUUUUUCGAUGGGCAAUAGUGGCAAAGAAAGCUCGUUGAUAUCUCCAAGUGUGGAAGAGCUCUCGGAAGCGAUUGCACAAGCUCUUCACGCAGAGGUGCAAACUCAAGCUGCUAGAGCCCUGCCAGGUCCAACUGACGAGCCAUGGCCGGGAAAGAUUGCACCCCUCCUGUUGCUCUUCCGCCUUCUCCCUGAUGCAGGAGGUGUGCCACUCCAGGCCCAAGCCCGUUUAGUGGCAUUGCGAGCUCUACAGGGAAAUCAUGAGGUGAGCAUGGAGCGACGUUUCUUGGAGUUUCUGCAGAAUGAGUGUGGGCAUCAACAUCCAGUGUUGAGGCAUUUGGCAAAGGUGUUGCAAGAGACUGCAGAUGCUUUGGGGAGUGCACCUUUCAAAGCAUUGGCCAUCAGUGCAGUGGCUGCUUCCAGCUUGCAACUCUGUGAGGAGAGCUUCUCGCAGCAGCCCGUUUUCUCCAAAGAAAUCGGGCUCUCGGGGUUCUCUUCCAGCCAGUCUUUCGCACUUUCACUUCUGACCAAUUCGCACUCUCAUCCAAUUUGUCAAGCUUCUUCCAUCUCCAAACAGAUCUUUUCCACUCAACUUCAAUGGACCGAGGACUACCUGACAAAGUAUCCCCAUCGAAAAUUGCUUUGGAGUCGACUUGGUGUGGUAGUUCUUUCUUGGAGACAUCAGAAAGGACAAACUCGGUUGACAACUUCUGAGAGGCAAGCACACUUCUUGCUGGCUGUCGAUGAGCACCUCAGCACUGGAGCUUCUUUGGAGAUGAGUGGUCUCUCUCUUUCUACAGACUCUCAACAUGAGAGGUUUACGAGUUUUCAGGAUUCUUCCGAAAAGGCUAGUGGCGUCGGUGGUAUGCAGGAAGUUUUGCAGUUGGUCGGGAGCAACAAGCCAUUGGAGCUCAUGAAUAUCAACUAUGUUGCCAUUCGUCCAGAAAGCGACGCUUCCCAUUUGGACCUCAGGGUUCAACCGUUUGCAAGAACCUGUUCUACUCAGGAGCCAGCGAGGGCAUCACAGGCGGCUCACGCGCCAGUAGUCGACGCAGCCGUGGUCCGGAUUCUCAAGCGCUUCCAUGUGCUCACUGGCGAUGAAGUUCUCAGAAAACUGAGCAACUAUCCGGAGAGCCUUGACAUAUCAGAGCAGUCUUCUUUUCCAGCCAGGGAUGCUAAUGCCGCUGCGAAGGAUGGGCAUGAAGCGUUUGCUCGACUGCGUGCUCUUUGCGAUCGCGGCUUGCUGCGGGCGGAGACGGAUGGUGAAUUUGACCUGCAAACGCGCUUCUUCUACGAGCACUAGGCGGCUGCGAACGUCAUUUGAAGACAGAUGUCAUGGAGUAGACUUUUGAAGGUUUUGGAGUCAACUCGUCGAAUUGGUUUCUUCUUUCUGACGAGGUGUAGGCCUGAGAUGGGUGAGGUCCCCCACGUGGGCUUCGAACCAAUUAGCCUUGAAACAGGUUACACCGAGACCCCAUUCCGCCAUCCCUUUUUCGGUUCGGAGGCAUCUUCUGUGUGGUGUUUUUGAGUUCAGCUUUGCAAGGAACAGAAGAUUUUCUUUUCAUUCUUUUUCCUCAUCGGUCAUUUGGCUCAAAGAUGAAACUGAGACGACGUUCAUAUCUGGAUCCCAGCGGGCCAUGAAUUUCAUAGCCCUUCUGGGAUUUGCAGGUGUGGAUAUCAAGCAACUUGAAAGAGAGAGAGAGAGAGACCUUUACUAUCCUUCACUUUUCAACUUCCGGUAGCUCCCUGUACGGAAACAAGCCUGUUACUCAACAGGAAAAGAUGGAACACGUGUGAAGCUGUGUACAACUUGCGGGGAAGGAAAGUAAGUUCUUGAUUGAGAAUCCACACCUAUCAUGACUCAUAACCGCAUAACCAUGUUGGGAGAAGACAGAGUCGGGAAACCUACUCCAGAGUCAGGAAACCAGAUCGUCCAAGUCAGGAAAGGUACCCAAGCAUCCUAGAAACGUGAAGACCUAAGCGUCCUUGCUCCUAGUAGCGAUGCCCUGUGCUCCUAGUAGCGUCCGUGUUCCUAGUAGUAA